UAGCACCGGCCACUCGCACCUUCCGCCCUCCGUCGCAAGGAUCUCCACAUCUGAUGAACAUCGUGCAUUUUUCUUGAGAUUAAUCCAAUCUCACCACGACACGCGCAAUGGCUUCGCUGAGGACGUCCACGCUGCUCCCGCAGUGCACGUCAUGCAUACGGAGGGUGACGCGGCAAAAUUUGGACGUUUGGGGGUCCCAGCAGACUCGCAGCAUCUCAAAGAAGGCGAAGGAGGCAGAGCGCAACAUCAUCGUGAAGCUGCUGAAGGAUGUGCCAAGAUUUGGUCGCGCAGGCUCAUAUGUUCCCCUCAACCCGUCUCUCAUGCGCAACCGAUGGUUUCCCGCACGCGUCGCCGACUAUGUACCCGCUACCCAGAUGAAGCAGCUCAAGGCGCAGGACGUGGACCUUGCCCGUGACUUCUCGUAUGGCGUCAGACUGAAUCUGGAGGAGGUGGAGGAAGAGGAGGACGACUUCGCGAAGCAGCCGAAACACUACGUGCGGCCGAUUGAGAUCAACGUGCUCAGCCCGGAACGAUCUAUGGAACUCCUCGACGCCUUCGUACCACCCACGAUCGACUUCUACCGCCAACGAAUCGAGCAGGAGAGCCAGUCAAGAGAUCGCAUGGGUGCUUCUGGUGCGGCAGACGUCCUGACCGCAGCUGCGAUGGGCAAGAAGGCAUCUGUAGACGCUAUCUACGGAUCCGUCUCGACUGCAGAUCUGGUUUCAACUAUAAGAGGCGCGCUCGCCCACAACGAUGAGGCGGCUCGCGUAAUACUGAACGAGGCGGACGUCAAGUUCCUCUCAGGGCAUGAGGAGGGCGACACAUCGCGUGUGAAGCAGCUGGGCACAUUCAAGUUGGAGAUACGGCUACCCGGCGUAGAGGAGCCUAUCGUGAGGAAUAUCCGAGUUAGAGCAAAGACAUCGGAAUCAUGAGGCUGCAGCAGCCGGUUGUUACGAGUCCUAGACCCUAACCUCGGACAUCUGGAAAGGCCCAGAACUACACCUUCCGAGGAUCCCUCCGCCUCGUUGUAAACAUAUACCUGUGCCAUCCAUGUCAUGUAGAAUUCCGCAUAUCGGAAAAAUCAGACAACACCUCAAUCACGAUCACGAUAUCGCGCAUGUGUCUAGUUCAGCAUCAUCAGAGCGACUUAAUUGGUGGGACCUGGCGCCU